AUGCCGACGGAAAUGAUAGUCGAUAAUCAUGAUAAUAAAUUUCUUCAAGAAAUUAGUGAUCAAGAUUGGAUAUAUGAAAAACCAAUAUCAGUAUUAAGUUUAGAUCCAGCUGAUCGAAAAGUUUUAAAAGUAGCUGAUCAACGUGAUGCUAUACAAAAAAAGACAUUUACUAAAUGGAUUAAUUUUUAUUUAUCAACCAGAAAUGGUUUAUAUGUUGAUGAUUUAUUUCUUGAUUUACGUGAUGGACAUUUAUUAUUAACUUUAUUAGAAAUAUUUACCAACCAAAUAAUUCCUCGUGAACGUGGUACAUCAAAAUUUCAUGCUUUACGAAAUAUUGAACAAUGUCUUCAAUGUCUCAAACACGAUCAUAAUAUUCGUUUGGUAAAUAUUCGUCCGGAAGAAUUAGUAAAUGGUAAUCCAAAAUUGACAUUAGGUCUUAUUUGGCGAAUUAUCCUACACUUUCAGUUUUCUGAUAUAACUUCAUUUAUAUCUGAUGACAAUAUUUCGAUAAAUUCUCACCAAUCAAUACCAUCUAAUUUACCAAUUCAAUCGACUUUAGUAUCUAAUUCAAUCACAAUAGAAACAUUAGUGAAAAAAAUACUAAUUGAUCAAGUACCAUCAAAUUAUCGACAUAGAUUAUUAUUAUGGGCUCGUCAACAAUGUCAAUAUUAUCCAGGGAUUUAUGUUGAAGAUUUUACAAGUUCAUGGCGUAAUGGUCGAGCAUUUCUUGCUAUACUUCAUCGACAUAACCCAAAAUUAAUCGAUAUUCAACAAGCAUAUCGUUCUUCAAAUCGAGAAAAUCUUACUCGAGCUUUUAAUUUUGCUGAAAAACAUUAUGGAAUUACAAAAUUGAUUGAUCCUGAAGAUGUUGAUUCCGAUGUACCUGAUGAAAAAUGUAUUUUAUUAUAUAUCUCACAUUUAUAUAAAGUUUGUUCAAAUCUACCUAUUCAUCCAUUUCAAGAAGAACAUAAUAGAAUUCAACAGGAAGGAAAAUUAUCUUAUGAAUAUACAAGUCUUUCAACUGAACUUCUCAAAUGGCUUCGAAUAAAAUUCGAUUUUUUAAAUUGUGAAAUUAAAUUUCAAACUUUUGAACAAUAUCAAAUGUUCAAAAACAGAUUAGAAAUUAUAAAAAAUACUGAAUUAUUGAAAUAUAAUCAAUCCUUACAACGAUUAAGAUCUAUAGAUGCUGAAUUUGAAAUUUUACAAUCCAAUGGAUCUUUACAACCAGAUAUUGAAUCACUAAAUUUAGCUUGGAAUAAAUUAGAAAUAACUAUAAAUGAUAUGGAGAAUAUUUUAAAAAAAUAUGAUAAGCUAAAACUUGAUUUAGAUGUUAUUGAACAUGAUAUAACAAAUAUUGAAAUAAAAUCAAAACAAACCGAUGAUCAUCUAACAGAAAAUUCUAUUAGUGAAUUACAAAUAAAAUUAGAUCAAAUAUCAAAUCAUUGUCAAACAUUAUCAUUACCAAAUGAACAAACUCGAAUUGUACUUGAAAGAAUAAAUCAAUUAAAUUUACGUAUUAAUAUAAAUUCAGUAUCAUCACCAACAAUAACAAAUGGAUUUCAUCAUAUACCGAAAGAGCAGGCUCUUUCACCUAAGAUUGAACAACUUAAUGUUAUUGUUACUGAAGAUUUUCGACAAACACGUAGUUCUCUCCAACUUAUGAUUGAUGAUUCAAUACAAUUCAAUAUAAAAGAUUUAAUUAAAGAACUUCAUAUGAUUGAUUCAAUUUUACAUACACUCAAUCAAUUAAUACAACAACGUCAAAUACAUUUAUCCGAAACUAGCUUACCAAUAUCUAAUGAUGAUCUUUUGAUACUGUAUAAGCAACAUAAGGUUAGAUAAUGUAUAAUUUAUUUAAUCAGAAACCCAUAUGUGAAUUUGCUUGGAAAAGAAAACAGAAGAGAUUUUUUCUAUAAAUAAAUAGAAGUCUUAAAAACAAAAAACGUACUUGAGCUAUCAAGUGUUAAAUACAGAUAUAUAUCCGUCUAUCAUUUAGUUAAUUAUGAGACAGUAAGUCAUAUGUAUUUAUUAUCGAAGAAAAAAAAAACGGCAGCAGAAAAAGAUAAAAAAAGAAAGAGAGGAUAUAUAUAGAUAUAUAUAUAUAUUGGAUAAUAGAUUUGCUCAUCUAUAGUAAUCCGUCUUGUUUUUUUUUGCCAAGGCGAUAAGAGUUUUCUCUUUCUUUUGUACUAUUUGUGUGUACAAAUGUCUCGACAAAUGGAAAAAAAAGAAAAUAGUAUUAGAUAAAUGUACUAUACCAUUAAAUAACAAAAAACUGCUAAAAGAAUUUGGUGAUAUCAUUUAUAUUUACGGUAACACACAGUGGUUAUUCAACAAAUCAUAAUAACAGCAGUUUGUGACCAUAUGUAUUCAAUU